CUUCAGUUAGCCGCCACAGUUGCUCGUGCGCAGACAUAGACACACGCGCGCGCGCGGGCGAGUUACUCGUGCCAGCGUCGGCCGCAGUACUCUAUAUAUACGUACAGUCGUCGUUAUAAGACACGAGCCACAGAGCACGCAUAAGCGAACUCUUUCCUCAUUAUGCGCCGCGUAAUCGCGAGAGCCGUUACCGACUCUUCUAUAGGAUCGUUCUGACAUCGUCGCUGCCGACAAGAACGAGAGGCACACGCAACGAGAGCGUAAAAGCGAGAGCGGGCGAUGCGACUCGUCAAAGUGCGAGCGGACCGCGGUGAGCACAUCAACCGUACACUGAUAUAAUAUACGUAUAUCAGAGAGCAAAACACGCAUGGCUGCAUCAGCGGACUCGAGAAUGACGAAGGAUCCUCGCGUGCAGGGCGGUCGCGAGAGUCCGGCCCUCUCGCACGUCACCAAAAUGUUCCCCGUCAACAUCGAAUUCAACGAGCUCACCUACACCGUGCCGACCGGUCGAAAGGGCUCGAAGCUGAUCCUGAGGGGUGUAAGCGGCCAGUUAAAAUCCGGCCAACUAACGGCCAUCCUCGGGCCUUCCGGCGCCGGAAAGUCCACCCUCCUCAACGUUCUCGCGGGAUACAAAUGCGAAGGAGCCGGCGGCCUGAUUACCAUAAAUGGCCAACCUAGGGAUCUCAAAGACUUCAAGCGAUCCUCCUGCUACAUUAUGCAGGAGGAUCUCGUACAGCCGAAACUCACCGUCCUCGAGGCGAUGCGCUUCGCUGCCGAUCUCAAACUCGGAAGCAAAGCUACGCCUGCCGCCCGGUUUGCCAUCGUGAGCGAAAUUUUGGAGACGCUGAGACUAAACGGAGCGAGGGACACGAUCACGGAGAGACUCUCCGGAGGCGAGAGGAAGAGGCUCUCGAUAGCUUUGGAACUCGUGAACAAUCCACCGGUGAUAUUCUUGGACGAGCCGACAACAGGUCUCGACGAGAUGUCCUCGAUCCAGUGCAUAGAGCUUCUCCAGAGGGUGGCGCUGAACGGCCGCACAGUCGUAUGCUCGAUCCACACGCCCAGCGCGAGCAUAUUCGCCAAGUUCCACCACGUGUACGUAGUCGCCGCUGGUCAGUGCGCGUACCGAGGUCCGGUCAGCGAUGUCGUCCCCUUUCUGCAGCAGGUCGGGAUCGAGUGCCCGAAGCACUACAAUCCAGCUGACUUCAUCGUCGAGGUAUCCUCGGGCGAGUACGGCCACGAGCUCAUCGACAGGAUGGUCACGAAGAUCGAGCAGAGGUCGCCGAUUUUGCCCAACAGUCAGAAUCAGGCGGCGAGCGAGUGCUGCAAGAUCUCCAAGGGCAUGGACAAGAUUUCCUGGUGGGAACAGUUCUCCACGCUCUUCCGGAGGAAAAUGCUCCAGUUCUACCGCGACAGGAACUACAUGUACCUGAAGAUCUCGCUGCACGUGUUCUUGGGCUUCAUAAUCGGCGGACUGUUCCUCGACAUCGGCAACGACGGCUCCAAGACUCUCUUCAACUUCGGCUUCUGUUUCACCUGCCUCAUCGUCUUCCUCUACAUCCCCAUGCUGCCCGUCCUCCUGCACUUUCCCCAGGAGGUGCAGCUCGUCAAACGGGAACACUUCAACCGCUGGUACGAUCUCGGCCCGUACUUCUGCGCGCUGACCGUCUCCAAUAUUCCGGCGCAGCUGAUCUUCUGUGUUCUAUACCUGUCGAUGGUCUACCCGAUCACUAGUCAACCGAUGGAGUUCUACCGCUAUGCCAUGUUCAUCAGCACCUGUAUGGUCUGCGCUCUCAUAGCCGAGAGUAUGGGUCUCGCCAUCGCCAGUACUCUCAGCAUUGUGAACGGAAUGUUCGUGGGACCGGCGAUGACCGUGCCGCUGAUGCUGUUCGCCGUCCAAGGCAUAGGCGACGAGACGCCCUUGCCGAUAUACCGGCAAAUAAUUAUGUACGUCAGUUACAUACGCUACGGCCUCGAGGGUCUCAUCGUCGCGACCUACGGCUACGGUCGCGGCAAAUUACCCUGUCCACCAGACGAGACCUACUGUCACUACGCUACUCCGCGUCAACUUCUUCGAGUCAUGGGCAUGGAACGAAUCGUCUUCUGGGUCGAUUUACUUGCUCUGGUGGUAAUACUGUUCCUGCUCAGGGCGCUCACUUAUUACUUGCUCAGGCAGCGCUUGAGGCCGAACAAGACGUUCCGAGCGCUUCAUCUUAUCGGGCGACUCGUCAAGAGUCACAUGAGUAUGGACUAGAAUGAUAUAAUGCAUAAUUAUAUAUCUGUGCGCGGCCUGUAGACCUCGACGAACAAUUUUUACCAGCAACAACGGCUUGCAGAUGUUUUUUUUUUCACUCAUGCCUUAUUUAUAUCCUAUAAAUAUAAAUAUAUCCCUAGUGACUAUUUCUAUGUUGUAUUGUAAAUAUCGUAAUGAACGUGUUUUUGGAUUGACUUUAUUGUUGUUAUAUUCCUAUAUAUAAUAUAUAUAUAAGUGUAUAGAAGUUAAGUUUUAACCGGAAACUGUGAGUUUAAAAGUGCAUCUAUAUAUUUGAUGUUUAUUUGCUUGUUAUAUAAAUAUAUACAUUAAAUAUAAAAAUACCGUGUUCUUUGUAAUAUCAUCUUGAAUGCACAUGAAUCCGAAAACUUUUUACUAUCAACUUUGCAUUGCACGCAUUUCUAUCUUUAUUCAUAGACCUGCAACUCGUAAUUAGUUUUACGGGUCAUUAACUCAUUUAUAGGAUAUAGCGCGUACAUCGUUAGUUCAAUACGAUCUGCAAAGUUGUAACUAUUAAACAUUUAUUAUGCAUCGGGGACUUUCUCAAAGCUGUUUGAAUAAAAAUUACGUACGCAAUGAUCUCAAGUAAAACAUAAAGUCCGAGAAGAUAUACCGAGGCGAGUAAGUUGUGACACUACUCGCGAUUUGUAAUCAAUCGUGUUGACUAUUAACCUUUCGAAAAAUAAUUAGAUUUGAUUCAACGUAUCAAAACGAAUAAUUUUAUUUAACGACGAUAUUUACAUUAAAAUUGCAUAAUUAAAAUUAUAUACAUACUUA